CUCCUAUCAACUCCCAUCCUCUAUGCAUUUCUAUUCCAUCUCUAAGCAUUUUGCUCCGCCGCAUUUCUGAUCCCUCGCCGGAAUCUGUAUCCGCUGCCCCUUUCUCCGACCUCCUACCUCGUACAUAAACAUUUUCAGAUAAUCAAACUAGAGUUUGAUCUUCUGUCUAUGCCCAAAACCUUCGAUUUAAUCGCUCCUUAGCCGGAAAUUUAUAAAAAAACUUGAAAAGCAUGUAACUUUGGUUAAACCAAGCUCUCUCAGCUUCUCCCCAUUAAAAAAACCCAAAAAAAAAUAUCACUUUAAUUUCUUGAUUCUGCUUUUUGUUUAUAGUAAACUUAGUUGAUUGAAGGUAGCUAGAGGCUAAGAAAUGCCGGACUACGAAGCUGGGACUCCGACGGCGGCAUCGGCGCCGGCCACUCCGGGCACGCCGACACCGCUUUUCACGUCGUUCCGGGUGGACUCGCUGUCCUACGACCGGAAGUCAAUGCCGCGAUGCAACAAGUGCCUACCUUUGGACGUUCCGACGUUGGGGACUCCCCACACAUGUCUCACCGACUGGCCGGCGCCGGAUAUCUCGCUCACCCGCAAGCUUGGAGCAGAGUUCGUGGGGACGUUCAUCCUCAUAUUUGCAGCAACGGCCGGACCCAUUGUGAACCAAAAGUAUAAUGGCGUAGAGAGCUUAAUUGGGAACGCAGCCUGUGCAGGACUGGCAGUUAUGAUUGUGAUUCUAUCAACUGGUCAUAUUUCUGGAGCUCAUCUGAAUCCUUCCCUCACAAUUGCCUUUGCGGCGUUUCGUCACUUCCCAUGGGCUCAGGUCCCCGCCUAUAUUUUAGCCCAAGUCUCCGCAUCCAUCUGCGCUUCCUUCUGUCUCAAGGCGGUUUUUCACCCCAUCAUGUCCGGCGGCGUCACAGUUCCUUCUGUCAACCUUGGCCAAGCUUUCGCCCUUGAAUUCCUUAUAACUUUUAAUCUCCUCUUCGUUGUCACCGCCGUUGCUACUGAUACCCGCGCUGUUGGAGAGUUGGCUGGCAUAGCAGUAGGAGCUACGGUCAUGCUUAACAUUCUUGUGGCCGGGCCAUCUAGCGGUGGGUCCAUGAAUCCAGUGCGCACGCUAGGCCCGGCAGUGGCAGCCGGAAACUACGAUUCAAUAUGGAUAUAUUUGGUUGCGCCUACGCUUGGUGCCCUGGCCGGAGCAGCUGUGUACACAGUAGUGAAGCUACAAGAAGGGGAGGUUGAUGAGCCAUUACGCCAGCACCGGAGCUUCCGCCGUUAGAUCAUAUCAUGUGUGGGUGUGAAUACAAGUGCGUGCGUGGGCGGGCUUGGAAUUGAAGAUGUGGUUUACGUAGUGCAACGUAUAGUAUUCCAGAUGGUGAUGAUGUUCUGAUGAUAAAGGUGUUUGCUCUCCAUUUUCAUGCAUGUUGUGCCAUUGCGUUGUGAAUUUGUGAUAUACACAUCUUGGGAAGAAACCCCAAUGUUUUAUGCUUUCUUGUCUUCUUGGUUAGUUACUUCUUGUUUUGCUUUAAUUUACAUUUUGUCAAUAAAUGCUAAGACAUCAUGUGCACUGUAAUAUUUGGAUGAAUUCCGUUUUAGAUUGUGUUGCAACAGGUAAUGGCUUUGUUAAUUUUGAAUUAAAGCUUAUAUGUCUUAAUUAAUCAUGA